AUGGCGGCGGCGGCGGCGGACUUCACGCAGAGCAAGCAGGCCAUGUCGUACGCGCUCUGCAAGCACCUGAACCUCGAUCCGAAUAGCAUAUCCAGUACACUUGUCAAGGAGAAUGAUAUUGCGAGCCUAUUCUCACAUAUCGUGACCUCACCGCAGGAUGAGGUCAAGAAGUGGGUUGAGUUCUCCAGCAAUUUUGUUCUAACUGAUGGAGAACAGCAUGCAUUACUUGGUAAUUUGAAUCAACAUUUGUCCCAGAUGUCGGUACUAUUAGCUGGUUUCAAACCAUCAGCGGCGGACAUUAUUGUGUUUGCAACCGUGCAUGUUUUCAUGUGUCAUCUUAGUGACAGUGAGUUGCAGAAAUAUCCAAAUAUAUUGCGGUGGAUGGACUACAUUCAGAAUGUUGUUGAUUUUGGUACGAUGCUGCAAAAGAUAAACUUGACCAAAUCUAUCUUCAACCCACCUGCACCUGCACCUUCUCACCCAAAGAAAGCUGAUAAAGGAGAUGGUGAACCAAAUUCCAAGAAAGCUGUUGCAGGACAGAAGGUUGCGGAUAAGUCAGAUGGAGCUGCUGACUCCAAAAAGGCUGCAGGGGAGAAUAAGAUCCCUGGGGAUAAGGCAAAUCCUACUUCUGCCAAAAACAACAAACCUUCUGGGGAUAAAAAGAAAGUCCAAGAGAAAACUGCCGGCAAAGCAACAGAGGCAGCUGCAGAUAAAGCUCCACAGAAAAGUGCAGAAAAGGAUUCUGAGUGCAGUGUUAGUAUCCUGAAUAUACAGGUCGGCGUUAUUCGCAAAGCAUGGAAGCACCCAUCAGCUGACAGUCUUCUGGUGGAGGAGAUAGAUUUGGGAGAUGGCAAUGUACGUCAAGUUGUUAGUGGUCUUGCGAAGUUCUUCAGCCCAGAUGAACUUGUUAAUCGCCAUGUUGUCUUGAUCACGAAUGUGAAGCCUGGGAAGCUGCGGGAUGUAAUGUCUGCUGGAUUGGUCUUGUGUGCUUCAAAUAAAGAUCAUACAGUCGUGGAGCCUUUGAUUCCUCCGGAAGGAGCCAAGCUUGGAGAGCGCAUUUCUUUUGCUGGGUUUGAUGGGAAGCCAGAAGAUGUUCUAAACCCAAAGAAGAAACAGUUGGACAAGAUAACACCGCAUCUCCGUACCGACGAGAAUGGAAUUGCAACAUUCCGAGGGGUACCAUUCACUACAUCAGCUGGUCCAUAUGAAGAUGUCACUGAGAUCGGAGAGGAAAUGUUUGAAGCGGGAGGUGGUGCUCGAAGGCCAAUUCGCACGGCGAACUACACGGAGGUUGAGGAUGUCCUCUUGGUCAAGCCUUGGUCGCAAGUGGGCUUGGAUGCGGUCACCGGCACCGAUCAAACCGGGAAACGUUAUUGGCAACGCAUUGAGGACAAGUAUUGUAAGAUGAAACCCAAGAUUGCCACAUUGAGAGCUCAUUCUUACCGAUCGCUUCAAGGCCGGUGGGAGUUGAUGAAACCCGCUUGUGCUCGUUGGAGUGCGACUAUGGAUCAAGUGAGGGAUCAACCCCCAAGUGGCUGUGUUGAGAGUGAUUAUGAGAAAUAUGCCGACUUGAGGUACAAGGACAUGGCCGGUUCCAAGGGCAAAUCCUUCCCAUUCAUGCAUUGUUGGGCAUUGCUCCAACAUCUUGACAAAUGGAAAUUGAGGGAUCAAGAGAGUGCAUCGAAAAAAUCGGAUAUGCUAAAAAUGGAUGAUAGUGAUGAAGAAGGAAGAAACCAUGACAAGCCCGGGGGAACCAAGAAGGCAAAAGAGAGGAUGAAGAUGGAAGCGGAGGCAUCAAGUCAAAAGGUGAAACUUGCACAAUUGGAAGUAAAGGCGAGAAAUGCCAAGCGCAAGGCCGACAUGGAGGAGAGGAUGAUCAAGCUCAAGGAAGCAAAAGCAUGGAAGGAGCUCAUGGCUGAGGAGAAGGAGCACAUGAUGAUGUCUAGAAAGGACAUGGAUGAAGAGCAAUUGGCGUGGUGGAAGGAGUACAAGGAGAACAUCGCCGAGAGGAAGAGGCUACUGCAUGGUGCUGGUGGUGGUGCGUUGUCUACUCUCCGAGGUGAGUCUCCGAUGAGUGGUGGAGGCGAUGGAGGUGUGGACAACUUCACCGGUGCUUGA